AUGACUAUUCCGUUUUUGGGUAGGUUACAUUUACUUGACUGGCCGGUUAUCAUUGUCUCGUUUAUGCUAGCAUGGUCGGAAUUCUUGAUCUCAGCAAUAACUACAUUACUACCAGACUCGUUUAUCAAGACAUGUACUUUUGUAACGAGACAGGUUUUCAGAUUUACUUCGAAUCCAAUUAAUUUAGUCCAGAAAAUUAAACGUAAGGAUAAGAAAAACCCAAAUGAGGAGACGUUUAGCUAUCAAUAUUUAAAAGCCGAAGAUAUUUCAAACUCACAAUUUAACAAAAAGGGUUAUGAUUUAAUGAUUGAGAUGUUGAAUGCCGACAACAUUCACGAAUUGGUGAGACUUUUUGAUUAUGAUGUCGAAUCUAGAAUAGUUACUACAAAGGACAAUUAUCUCUUAACAGUACACAGAAUCAAGGGCAGGAAAUAUCGGGAACCAAAUGGUAAAGUUAUUUAUUUGCAUCACGGAUUAUUGAUGUGUAGUGAAAUUUGGGUCACUAUGCUUGAAAAGUAUCAAAACUUGCCAUUCAUUUUGUAUGACUUGGGCUAUGAUGUUUGGUUGGGAAACAAUAGAGGGAACAAGUACAGUCAAAAGCACUUGUUUUUUGAUUUGAAAUCCAACAAAUACUGGAAUUUCUCUAUUGACGAGUUUGCAAUAUUUGAUAUCCCCAAUACAAUAGACUACAUAUUAAAAGAAACAGGAAAGAAGAAGUUGACAUAUAUUGGGUUUAGUCAAGGGAGCGCUCAAGCGUUUGCUAGUGUUUCGAUAAACGCCGAAUUGACUCACAAAAUAGAUCAAUUAAUUGCAAUUUCUCCAGCGACAACUCCUCACGGGCUCUAUUCGAGGUUCCUUGAUAUUUUACUCAAGUCGUCGCCAAAUAUCACUUAUUUAUUAUUUUCACGCAAAGUGUUGAUGCCUUCAUGUUUAUUUUGGCAGAAAAUCAUGUAUCCUCCCUUGUUUGAUAGUGUGAUUGAUAUAUCAAACUAUAUGCUCUUCAACUGGAAGGCUACAAAUAUCUCCAAGUUACAAAAAUUGGCUAGCUAUGCUCAUUUAUACUCUACAACGAGUGUCAAAUGUGUUGUUCAUUGGUUUCAGGUUAUGAGUUGUAAGAAUUUCCAAAUGUAUCAUGAUCUGCCGGUAAGCUUUUCCGGGUUGAGCCCCAUGAGCUACCCAUUGAGGAAUAUCAAAGUGCCUAUUCAUUUAAUAUAUGGAACCACAGACUCGUUGGUUGAUAUUGAUGUAAUGAAGUCACAAUUACCUAGUAGUAAUACCACGACUUUUGCAGUUGAAGGCCAUGAACACUUGGAUAACUUGUGGGGCACUGAUGUUUACGAGACUGUGUUUAAACAAGUUUUGGUUUAUUUGGGCCAAGAUCUAGACGAGGUGUAUUCGCGAUUAUUCCGACAAGAUCAGAAUUUGAUAGAGGAUAUAAUUAGGGCAGAUUCGAGUGCAAAUUCGACAAAUUUGGAUGCAGUUGAUAUUUCAGUUAUUGGAAAUGGUGAGACUGUAGAGCCACAGCAGCAGCAGCAGUCAUAUUUGAAAAUGGUUAAUAGUAAUGGCCAUGCAAAUAGUGAACGGCGAAGAUCAGGAUUGGAUGUGAACAUGCAUAUCGAUCACGAGAGACCGCUGUCAAUUGGGGGAAGCCAUGGCUCAGUAUUUAUUUAA